AUAUUCUAUCUUCAAUAUUUCCUCAAAAAGCAGCCAAUUUAAUUAUUAUUAAGUCAAAAAUGAUUCCGUUUUUAUCUUCAGCUAAAUCUCUCCUUCUUUCACCCGUCAAACACUUCAUUCAUGAUGAUUUCCAUGAAAUCGUGCAAAGAAUGACACUCAUCGAUAGGCUUCUUUUCCUGAUUAUUCAUGGUGUUGAUAAGAUAGGUAUCCAAUGGCACCGUUUGCCGGUGUUCUUGGGGCUCAUUUAUCUAGCCAUCCGACGGUAUCUUCAUGAUGAGUACAAUUUGUUUAACGUUGGGAAAACUCCGGUGGGUGUUAGGUUCAAUCCAGUUGACUUCCCGUACAGGACAGCUGACGGGAAGUUCAAUGACCCUUUCAAUGAAGGUGCCGGAAGUGAAGGGACUUUCUUUGGCCGGAACAUGCAACCGGUUGAUCAGAAAGAUAAGCUACUAAAACCAGAUCCUAUGGUGGUGGCAACAAAGCUUCUCACACGAAGACAGCUUAUAGACACCGGAAAACAGUUCAACAUGAUUGCCGCUUCAUGGAUUCAGUUCAUGAUCCAUGAUUGGAUCGAUCACCUCGAAGAAACACAACAGAUUGAGCUUAAGGCGCCGCGAGAAGUAGCUGACCAAUGCCCUUUGAAAUCUUUCAAGUUUUACAAGACUAAACAAGUCGAUACUGGUUUCCAUGACAUUAAGACAGGUCAUCUAAAUAUCAGAACUCCUUGGUGGGAUGGUAGCGCAAUAUAUGGAAGCAACUCAAGUAAAUUGCAGCAAUUGAGAACAUUUAAAGACGGAAAGCUGAAAAUUGGAAAAGACGGCCUUCUCCAACAUGACAAUAAUGGAGUUCCGUUAUCAGGAGAUGUCCGUAAUGGUUGGAUUGGUCUUUCAACCUUACAAGCCCUCUUUAUUCUUGAGCACAAUGCUGUUUGUGACACACUUAAGAAAGAAUAUCGUGAUUUGGAUGAUGAAGAUCUAUAUCGUCAUGCAAGACUAGUAACAUCCGCCGUUAUUGCCAAGAUCCACACCAUUGAUUGGACUGUUGAGCUUCUCAAAACUGACAUGCUUCAUGUAGCAAUGAGAGCUAAUUGGUAUGGUUUGUUGGGGAAAAAGUUCAAGGACACAUUUGGGCAUGUUGGAGGAGCCAUUUUGGGAGGUCUUGUAGGGCAAAAGAAACCCAAUAACCAUGGGGUACCCUACUCGCUAACCGAAGAGUUUGUGAGCGUUUACAGAAUGCAUUCUCUUUUACCUGAUCAGCUAUUCGUCAGAGAUAUCAAUUCUACACCAGGACCCAACAAGUCUCCUCAACUAAAUAGAAAGAUUGACAUGAUAAAUUUGGUUGGGAGCAACGGCGAGAAGGAACUGUCCAAGAUUGGGUUUACAACACAAAUGGUAUCAAUGGGACAUCAAGCAUGCGGGGCGCUUGAACUAUGGAACUAUCCCCUGUGGCUAAGGGACGUUGUGCCUCAAAAUGUCGAUGGGACUGACCGUCCUGAUCAUGUCGACUUAGCCUCACUCGAGAUUUACAGAGAUAGGGAAAGAAAUGUAGCAAGAUACAACGAGUUCCGAAGAUCACUUUUCUUGAUCCCGAUCUCAAAAUGGGAAGAUUUAACCGACGAUCAAGAAGCAAUUGACAUGUUGCGCGAAGUUUAUGAUGAUGACGUGGAACAACUCGAUCUGUUGGUAGGAAUGGCAGCUGAGAAAAAGAUCAAAGGAUUCGCUAUUAGCGAGACAGCUUUUAUCAUCUUUGUCAUCAUGGCAUCGAGGAGACUUGAGGCAGACAGAUUUUUCACGAGUGAUUUCAAUGAAGAUGUAUACACGAAAAAGGGAUUCGAAUGGGUGAACACAACGGAAAGUUUAAAGGAUGUGUUGGACCGGCAUUACCCGGAGAUGAGCGAUCGAUGGAUGAACUCAGCAAGUGCUUUCACGGUGUGGGAUGCUCCCCCGGAGCCUCAUAAUCCCAUCCCGAUAUAUUUCCGUGUCCCAUGAUGAUACAUUGUUGAUGUACUUCAUAAUUGUAUAUUUUCUUUUUUAUGCGUGCGAUUCAGUGUAAUUAUAUUUGUUUUCAUAUAAGGUUGCAUCUGGCCCAGUCACAGUGUAAUUAUAUUUGUUUUCAUAUAUUCAGUGUAAUUAUAUUUCCGGGUCCAGUCACAUGGACCUACGCUUGUUGACAUGUUGCAAAGCUAGCUAUCCCUUGUUGGUGUAUGAUAAUUUAAUAACAUCGAAGUUCUUUACUUUUUUAUGUAAAGAAGAAGUACUCGAUCGUAAUUUGUAUAAUAUAUGAAUAUUUACUUUUU